UGGUCCAGCGACCAGAGCCGCCAGACGGGCGCCGCGGGGCCCGCCUGGCCCGGCCGCUCUGGGAAAGGAGAGACGGGAGCACAGCGCACGACACGCUGGACGACGAUUCUGGAGCCAGCCGGCGCGCAGGAGGCAGGUCUGCGGCACUCCAGGCUCUGAGAGGCUUCUGCUAUGACUGCAGUCUCCUUGUGAAGCCAGGACUGCCCCUUGCUGCCACCGCCACACCAGGUCUCUGCCCUGCCCUGCCUGUCCUUGGCCCCGCAUCACCAUGGGCAGCGUCAGUAGCCUCAUCUCUGGCCACAGUUUCCACAGCAAGCACUGCCGGGCUUCUCAGUACAAGCUGCGCAAGUCGUCCCACCUCAAGAAACUCAAUCGGUGUUCAGACGGCCUGCUGAGGUUUGGCUUCUCCCAGGACUCGGGUCAUGGCAAGUCCAGCUCCAAGAUGGGGAAGAGUGAGGACUUCUUCUACAUCAAGGUCAGCCAGAAGGCCCGGGGCUCGCACUGCCCAGAUUACACUGCACUGUCCAGUGGGGACAUAGGGGGCCAGGCUGGGGUGGACUUUGGCCCAUCCACUCCACCCAAGCUCAAGCCCUUCUCCAAUCAGCUAGAAAUGGGCUCAGAGAAGGGUGCGGCGAGGCCCACGGCAUUCAAGCCUGUGCUGCCGCGGGCGGGAGCCAUCCUCCACUCCUGCCCUGAGGGCGCCAGCCACCAGCUGCACCCAGCCCCUCCAGAUAAGCCCAAGGAGCAGGAGCUGAAGCCUGGCCUGUGCUCCGGGGCGCUGUCGGACUCCGGCCGGAACUCCAUGUCCAGCCUGCCCACACACAGCACCAGCAGCAGUUACCAGCUGGACCCGCUGGUCACACCCAUGGGGCCCGCUAGCCGUUUUGGGGGCUCAGCCCAUAACAUCACCCAGGGCGUCCUCCUCCAGGACAGCAACAUGAUGAGCUUGAAGGCUCUGUCUUUCUCCGAUGGGGGCAGUAAGCUGGUUCACUCGAGCAAGCUGGACAAGGGCUCCUCGUGUGUCCGCUCCCCCAUCUCCACAGACGAGUGCACCAUCCAGGAGCUCGAGCAGAAGCUGCUGGAGAGGGAGGGUGAGCUCCAGAAGCUGCGGCGCAGCUUCGAGGAGAAGGAGCUGACCUCCAGCCAGGCCUCUGAGGACCGGCCGCGGCGCUGCCGGGAGGAGCUGGAGGGCCUGGAGCAGAAGUGCGGCAGCAAGGUGAGGCAGGCCUCGCAGAAGAGCCAGCGCACGCAGCAGGUGCUGCAGCUCCAGGUGCUGCAGCUCCAGCAGGAGAAGCGGCAGCUCCGGCAGGAGCUCGAGAGCCUCAUGAAGGAGCAGGACCUGCUGGAGACCAGGCUCAGGUCCUACGAGAAGGAGAAGACCAGCUUUGCACCCGCGCUGGAGGAGACGCAGUGGGAGGUGUGCCAGAAGUCGGGCGAGAUCUCUCUCCUAAAGCAGCAGCUGAAGGAGUCCCAGACAGAGGUCAACGCCAAGGCCACUGAGAUCCUCAAUCUGAAGGCACAGCUGAAGGACACCCGGGGCAAGCUGGAGGGCAUGGAGCUGAAGACGCAGGAUCUGGAGAGCGCCCUGCGCACCAAGGGCCUGGAGCUGGAGGUCUGCCAGAAUGAGCUUCAGCGCAGGAAGAGCGAGGCAGAGCUCCUGCGGGAGAAGGGAAACCUGCUGGAGCAGGAGCUGCGGGCGCUGCGGGCGCUGAGGGCCCGGGACGACCUGCUGCGGGACGGUGUGCCCCUGGGGCCGGGCCUGGGGGCCGGGCCUGCUUGCUGCGAGGACAUCCCCACCCUGCAGCGGGAGUUGGAAAGGCUGCGGGCAGAGCUUCAGGAGGAGCGGCAAGGUCACGACCAGAUGUCCUCUGGCUUCCAGCAGGAGCGGCUGGUGUGGAAGGAGGAGAAGGAGAAGGUGAUCCAGUACCAGAAGCAGCUGCAGCAGGCCUACCUGGCCAUGUACCAGCGGAACCAGCGCCUGGAGAGGACCCUGCAGCAGCUGGCUCAUGGGGACGGGGCAGGGGAGCCUUUGGAGAUAGAUCUUGAAGGGGCUGACAUCCCCUACGAGGACAUCAUAGCCACCGAGAUCUGAAGGGCUGCGGGAGGCAAGGGUGCAGAGUCUGUCGGGAGGGGCCCCCACUCCCCUGUGCUGUCACUCAGGCCUCUCUGAGAGAAGCCUCCCCAGACAUAGGCCUGGGACCCUCAAGGGGAAGGGAGGUUUGGGGCUGCUAUGUGGCCUCUCCCUGCCAUCCCGUGUUCCAGCCCUUACAGCCCUGCAGCCUGCUGGACCUCUAGCUUUCCCAAGAGAUGGGCCCAAGUAUCUCCACCAUUUGGUUAAGGGCACCGUAAACCUUGGCCUUUGUUCAAAAUACUUAGAGACACCCUCUCCCAGGGAUGGUGGUGACUGCCGUGAAGGCCAGUGGCCACCCCAGGACAGAAGCUCCCUUCCACCUCUCUUCCCACAACCUCUUUUCUCCUCCAACACAUCGAGAUGCCUUGGAGAUAGAAAGAAGCCAUUUGUGACCAGAAGACUUGGAACCGGACCCGGUCAUAACCUGAGCUCUUCCUCUGGCCGCAGGCGUGUAGGGGCUGGAGUGGGAUGUGGAGAACCGGGCUUAGCAUCAUCAGAGCUGACCUGACCCUGGCAAGCCAGAGAGAGGAGGGGAAAGCUGGGGCAGCCCAGGAGCGUCUAGACUCAGCAAGGACUCAUUGGAGUCAGAGGGAGAAGCUCCGUAGUAACGGCUAGACCCUGCUGGGCCCCGCUGACUGGAGGUGAGCAGCCUCUGGAUGGCUGGUGGCCUUUGACUGCAGUGAUCACUUUUCUCAAAGCCAUAGACACUAAGGCCCUGGGGUGGAUGCUGGGAAGGCCACAUUGAAGGCCUGGUCACCAGGGAGGGGGUGGCUUUCCACUUGUCCCAGGGAGAUCCUCCGUAUCUUUCCUCAUGGGGCUAGAGGUAGGAGUUUCCCCACCUGGUUCAGUUUGGCCAGCGGCUACUCUGAACUUUUUUCCUCCCAAGAAUCAAGCCUUUGUUGGAUCGAGAACAAACUGUGUCCACGUGGCACAGGGACGACCUGGGCACUGCCCUCCUUUGCCUGUGGCUUAGUUCAGCGGCACACUUUUUUUAAUUGAUGUCAUAAUAGUUUAUAACAUUGUGAAAUUUUAGUUAUACAUUAUUGUUCGUCAGUCACCAUGUAAAUGUCAGUGGCACACAUUUUCUCCUUCGCAUCGGCAGUGCUGAGUUCAGACCAGAGUCCUUAUGUCAGGAGGGGGUCCCCAGGUGCCCGUGGGCCAGAGCCCCCAGCAGGGGACUCAGAGGCGCAAACAAGCCUCAUGAGCAGCCCCAGGGCCACGGCGGGCCUCCCUCUGCCACAAGCCCCACCUGAGCCCCACCUGUCAAUUGCCUAGAGAGUGAUGGCCCGCUGGGGGCGGGCCUGUGCCAGGAGGUGGGGGCUUUUCUUCUGCAGACGUGCAGUGCUGGGGGAAGAAACAAAAGGGGCAGUUUCUCAGUUGCUUGGUGCAGGGAACUUUCUUUUUUUCUUAUUUUUUUUCUUCCAUGUCUUCAGGAGCAAGCCAGAUCUAGCAGGCAGCCAGGCUGUUCCAUGUUCUAUUUUUGACUCUGGCCACAGCUGCUGUUUGUAGGACAGCCAGCGCUUGCUGGAUUCCUGAGCCUCAUGGCUGCCUGCAGAGAGGGUUCACCGAGGCAGAAGGGACAGGGACGGGCAAGUCUGAGCCCGUAGAAUCCGACACCAGACCCCCCUCUGCCUCCCUAACCGUAGGGAGGGAGGGGAGAGGGGAGCUGUUUCUCUUCUUGCCCCUGUCCUCACAGGGCCCGCCACCUUCCUCCCUGCGGCUGGGCUGAGGGCAAGGCCAC